AUGGAAGUGCUAGGAGACUUCCACUGUCGGGACUGUAAAAUGGUUUUCCAUUCCGCUGGGUUACUGCAGAAACACAAAGCACGGUUCUGCAUUGGCAGUGACAUUGGAGACCCUGUGCUACUCCAUCGGGGGCGUGUGGAGUUCAGAGUGCCAGGGAAAACUUUCUUGAGGGGAGUGGGGGGACUCCUUCCCCGAAAAACCAGGACCCCUGACUUGAUUCACCUCAGAGAGCAGCAGAGCAAACUGGGCGGUGUCCCAGAUGGAGACAGUGGGUGUGAACCAGGGCAUGUGUGGGAGGAGUCAGCUCAGAUCAGUGGGGCAGACAGCCUGGCCUUCAGGAAACUCACUGACGAGGUCAAAAGGUUAAGGAUGUCAGUAGAAGAGAGCAUGUCUAGCCCACCCAAACCCCAGAGUGAGGGUGUGGGUGGGCCAACUAAGGGCAGAGACAAAGUCCAGGAGGCUUGGGACCAGCAUGAAAGACAGCUGGCAGAGAUCAGGUCCUUGAACAGCCAACUGGAGCAGCAGAAACAUGAGAUCGAGAGGAGGCUUGCUGCAUUAGCUGAGCAGGGCAGCGUGACUCCUGUUGGGGCUCUCCUGCAGGAGCUAAAGGAGCUGGAGAAAAGGAAUGAGGAGACCCUGAUCCAAAUCGGCACUCAGAUCACCUCCAUGCAGGGGCCCAGAGAGGCUGAUGUCCCCACAGACUCUCCUGAGGACAGGAAGCCUCAACACAUCACAUUUGACCUCACUUCCUCUGUGGACGGCCCCCUAUCUGCCCAAAUUAGGUCACUGCGGCUAGCCUACCUGCAGGCUGGGGGUACUGAUCCACAGGUUCUAGCCCAAAUGCAUGAUUUUCAGGCUGAGGCCCAAACUCUAGAGCAGACCCGACCCAUAAUGGACCACAAGACAAGGAGAAAAAGGAUGAAACCUCAGCCACCAGCCAUGGAGUCUGAGGUUCUGGCCGUGGAGCAGGAGAACCGGAGACUGGAGGAAGAGAUCUUCAGAGCCCAGCUUGCCCGAGAAAGGCACAGAGGAGAAGGCGGUAGUGGCACAGAUCUCCAGAGGAACCACCUCUACACCAUGGCCAGUCUACUGGCUGAGAUCUCCAGCCUGCGGAGGGAGGUGGAGAGGAGCAGGGAACGCAGACGACCUCCACCACCUCCUCCACCCUUCUUCUCUGGACCCCUUCACCCUCAAACACAGUUACAUCCACUCCUGGAGCAGACAAAGCAGAGUUACACAAUGAGAGGUAACGCUCUGGACCCUGCGGACACCUUAGGUCCUGCACCUUAUGACCCCGCGGCAGGGUUUGUGUUGUUCUAUGAUCUGGUGGUGGGUGUGGAUGCCUCUCUGGCAGCACUGUGCCUGGUGGCAGGGUUGUAUUUGGGGGGUCAGGAGCUGGGCUGGCCCACCCCUCUUCCCCCUGUGGAGUGCCAACCUGCUCGGGCACUCUCCUAUCCCCAUGGCGUGCCCCCUGGAAACUAUGCCAUACUGUCUAUGAAACAACCUGUGCCAAGAAUGCAGCCUUCUCCCUCCCUCUCUCUGGUGGUGGAGGUCCAGGGUAGUGGGGCUUCGGAUCGUUCAGCACACGUGAUCCAGAACCUGGUACCAAGAGGCUGGGCCCAAAUGGAGUUAUUUGACCAGCACAACCGGGUUCUCAGUGGGUUCUGGAAGGUUCCUUUCCGUGUUCUUCCUUUGAGACCCUCCCUCAGCCCAGCACAGCUCAACUCUGUACCUCAGCUGGGUAAUAUGGAGCUUUGUCUGCGGAUAGUCAACGCUCGCGAUGCAGACACUCAGUCUCUGGCCAAGAUCGACCCAAACGACAUCGGCCACUACAAGUAUCACCCCAUGGUGCUGAACCACACUGAACCCGAAGGCCAAUCGGCAGGUCUCUCAGCAGCGCAGCUCCCAGCAAACCCAUCCCUCUCUCCCAGUGACCACACGGGCCCUCCCCCCACAGAGGAGACCGCUCCAAAAUAA